CGAUACGGAUAAGCCAGCUCGACUCACACAAUGGCGCGCAUCGUACUGCGAUUCAUACAAUGACGAACGUACAGAACGGAACGCGGCCGUAUCUUCUUCUUCUGCGGAUUAUUAUCAUCGUCUCUUCGCCGUCUUCCGCUCGCGUGUUUGUUUUUCGAGACUGUCAGUGGAACGGAUUCGCUGAAUCGGCUGUUUUCCUCUGUAUCUUGAUGUCAUUUUUUUGUGGAAAAUUCGCAUUGCACAAUGUGAUUAAUUACUGACGUAAACACUCCGCUCAUUAGCGAUUCCCUGUCCGUCCUGUCUUUGGAAUCCCCUGUUGAUACAGGAAUUUCACAUCAUUCGACUGUCUGAGAAUUUUUGAAUUUCAGUUCGAAAUUAAUUUCGAUCAUCUCGAAUUUUCUACCAAGUUUUUCUUUGUUUGUGUUUGGAUUUGCCAGUCAUUCCCGACGAAUUGGUGUGGAUACAGAGGAUUAUAGUGUUUUGUCGGAUUACUUUACGAUUUGCAAUGUUGGUGGCUGUGAAUGAAUGUGGCGCGGCGCGAUGAGCAGCAAGGAGGCGACGUCGGCGGUGCACCGGGCCGCGGACAGCAGCCAGAAGAAGGCCGGCAUCCUCGGCUGCGGCGCAGGGUCGCUACCGAUGCCGAUGAAGGGCAAGACGGCGAGCAACAGUCCCGCCGUCUUCGAGGCCGGCACCAUCCACCUCAGCAUCGACCAGAUCAGCGGCAAGGUCCUCAAUUAUCCCGCCGGCACCCUCUUCCCGGGAUCCGUCGUCCUCUUUGAACAGUCAGCCGACGAGGAUCCGCUGCUGUUCCACUCGACGGAAGUGUACGGGUGCGGCGGCGGCGGCCUGGAGGGCGAGCUGGAGGGGGCCGGGGAGGCGGAGGCGGGGGAGGAGGCGCAGCGGCGGGCGCUGGGUCUGACGGACAGCGACGGCAGUGAUCCGCUGCAGGGGGCGCUGCAGCACCUCGAGGCCAGCACCACCACCUCCGAGAUCUCCGACCUGGACCUCCACACCACCAAGGAUGCCGACGGCAGUCUGCAGGCCGCGGCCGACUCCAACUCCUCGACGCCCAGCAAGAUCGCCGUGCCGUGCAAGGUGUGCGGCGACAAGGCCAGCGGCUACCACUACGGCGUCACCAGCUGCGAAGGCUGCAAGGGCUUCUUCCGGCGCUCCAUCCAGAAGCAGAUCGAGUACCGCUGUCUGCGCGAAGGCCGCUGCACGGUGCAGCGCGCCAACCGCAACCGCUGCCAGUUCUGCCGCUUCCGCAAGUGCCUCUCUGUCGGCAUGUCCCGCGACUCCGUCCGGUACGGGCGCGUGCCGAAAUCGCGGACCCCGCGCCACGCGGACCCCUCGACGUCCAAGCACCCGCCCCCGUCGGCGCCCCUCGUGGACUCCUCCUCCGCGGCCUACCCCGGCGGGGUCAUCAAGAGCGAGUCGCCCGACUCGCAGUCCCACGGCCAGCUCCCCGGGGAGCUCAGCGAACUGGGCGUGGAGAGCGAGCAGCAGCUGCAGUCGGUGUACAGCGUCAUCCUCACCGUCAGCCAGGCGCACACAGCCAACUGCUUCUACACCGAGGACAAGGUGCGCCAGCUCCUCAACACGCGCCACCCGGCCAUCCUCACCGAGCCGGAAGCGGCGCCGCCGCGGCUGCCCAAGGGCGGGCCGCAGCCGCAGUGCGCGCCGGACAGCAGUCACCUGCAGCGGAUCCUCAUGUGGCAGAGCCUGGCCAACCUGAUCAAUCCCGCCAUCCAGCGGAGUGUGGAGUUUGCGAAGAGGACGCCGCGCUUCGGCGAGCUGAGCCAGACGGAGCAGCUGAUCCUCAUCAAGGGCGCCUUCUUCGAGAUGUGGAUGCUGCACAUCGGCCGGAUGGGCGUGCACGGCCAGUUGACCUUCCAUGACGGCAGUUACGUCACGCGCCAACAGCUCGAACUCAUCCUCGAGGCAGACGUGGCCGGGCGGAUGUUCAAGUUCUGCGCGGACAUGCAGAGUCUGCAGCUGACCGACACCGACAUCGGUCUCCUCUCGGCCAUCGUCCUCUACACGCCCGACCGCGUGGGAUGGGGCGCUCCGUCGGCGGUGGCGGCGAUGGAGCGGGAGCUGCAGCCGCGGCUGGUGGAGCAGCUGCAGGAGAGCCUGCAGGAGGCGCUGCGCGUCCACUUGCGCCGGCAGCGCGCCGGCGAGCCCUUCUUGUUCCAGUCGGCGAUGGCGCUGCUGGGCGAGCUGCGCAGUGUGAAUCAGCUGCACGGCGAGCAGCUGGACUGGUUCCGCGCCAACUGGAACUACUUGACGCACAUGCCGCCCCUCUUCGCCGAGAUAUUCGACAUACCCAAGAACGACCUCGAGUAUCAAAUGAUGUGCAACAACGGCGCCGCCUGCUCAUGAGCGCCGCCAUGUACAGACAGCGGAGCAGCGGCGGUGAUGAGCGUGUGGACCGAUCGGCUUUCGUGGUGGACGCCCGGAUAUUGCUUGUGGAAAAUGAUUGGGCCGGCAGUGCGCGCCUGCAGUUGGAUUGUAGUUUUACGUUGUUAGAGAUGACUAGUUGCCUAUUCUGAUACAGAUGACGUUAUAGUAACUGGAUUUUGAUUUGAAUUAUCCUUGCCUCUUCUUUUUGUAUUCGGUUAAUGUACUCGCAAUGCUCGCCUUGGAAAGCCAGCCAGACGGAUGAUCGUCGGAACGUUCUCGAUGUGAAUUUUAUUUCUUCUCUUCCUUUUCCUUUCCUCUCUCAUGACCAAGUAUUGCCUGAUCUGUCCGAUUCCGAUUCGACGGUUUGCACCGUUUUAUACGCCGUGUUUAAUUUCCAGAUUCGAUUUGCGCUGUUUUUGUUGUUGUGUCUUGCCUAAUUUCUAAUAAAAUAUUUUCUUCGA